CAGCAUGCAGCCACUUUCCAACGAUUUAUUUACUGUCCAACGAGUGUAGAUAUGACAGUGAAAGGCUACUAGUUUGCCAUUUAGCCCUACUAUGCUAGUUUGCACGCUAUGUAAUGUCUGAUCCGAGUGAUGGAAGAAAUAAAAGAUAAAAAAAGGAAAACAAACGAAACCAAAACAAAACACUGAGGCUGAAAUAUAAUGCCAUUACGUCCUGCUUUGCUAUAUACAAAGAACCCGCCAGUUCAUUCGACGGGAAUUGUCAGGCCAGCCAGAGUUUGAACGAUGCUUCCUCUGAGCAGAGGGAAUAGGAGAGAGAGAGCCCAUUAUCAAGUGAAGGUGAUGUAAAUCGUCUUCUAGCUACACCGGGUCCAUGAUUUCGCCAAAGAUGGUAGCGGCUCACACUUCUGCCCAUGCUUCUGCGUCUGCAGAAUGGAUUAUUUGUCUCGAUAAAAGGCCUGCAGAACGAUCUGGAGAAGACAUUGACAUCAUAUUGGCCCGUCUGAAAGAUGUGAAGGCCUUCGAGAAGUUCCACCCCAGCCUGCUUCAGCAGAUCGGCCUCUGUGGUUUCUACGAAUGCCUGGAAAAAGGGAUCACAUUGUAUCGUCAGGGAGACAUUGGAACGAGCUGGUAUGCAGUUCUCUCUGGUUCCCUUGAUGUCAAAGUAUCUGAGACGGCCAACCAUCAGGAUGCUGUCACUAUCUGCACCCUGGGGAUUGGCACAGCCUUUGGGGAGUCGAUCCUCGACAACACUCCCCGGCACGCCACCAUUGUCACGCGGGAGUUCAGUGAACUGUUGCGCAUCGAGCAGAAGGAAUUCAAAUCACUGUGGGAGAAAUACCGCCAAUGCAUGGCUGGCCUCCUCGCCCCUCCUUACGGCGUUAUGGAAAGUGGACCAAGCAGUGAUAGAAUGCCAGACAAAGAGAAUAUGAACAACCUCACCUUAGGUUCUAUGCCAAAAAACCUGAAUAAGACCCCACUCAUUGAAAGUCAGGCCAAACCUCGCCCUAAAUCCAUUCUUCAGGUUCCAUCAGAAAAGAUCCUGAGGGCUGGAAAGGUCUUGCGCAAUGCCAUCUUGUCCAGAGCCCCCCACAUGAUCCGAGAUAGGAAAUAUCACUUGAAGACAUACAGGCAGUGUUGUGUGGGCACAGAGCUGGUGGACUGGCAGAUGCAGCAGAGCCCUUGUGUUCACUCUCGCACCCAAGCUGUGGGCAUGUGGCAGGUGCUGCUGGAGGAGGGCGUGCUCAACCAUGUGGACCAGGAGCUCAACUUCCAAGACAAGUACCUAUUCUACCGGUUCCUGGAUGAUGAACGAGAGGAUGCCCCGCUCCCCAGUGAGGAGGAAAAGAAGGAGAGUGAGGAGGAGCUGCAGGAUACGCUCCUGCUCCUGUCCCAGAUUGGCCCUGAUGCCCACAUGCGCAUGAUCCUCAGGAAACAGCCAGGACAGAGAACGGUGGAUGAUUUAGAAAUUAUAUAUGAAGAGCUUCUUCAUAUAAAGGCUUUAUCUCACCUCUCUACCACUGUAAAGAGGGAGUUAGCUGGCGUGCUGAUAUACGAAUCCCAUGCAAAAGCCGGAACAGUGUUGUUUAACCAGGGAGAAGAAGGGACAUCCUGGUACAUCAUCCUGAAGGGCUCUGUCAAUGUCGUCAUAUAUGGCAAGGGCGUUGUGUGCACGUUGCAUGAGGGCGAUGAUUUUGGGAAACUGGCUCUGGUAAACGAUGCCCCACGGGCUGCCUCCAUCGUUCUGCGUGAGGACAACUGUCACUUCCUGCGGGUGGACAAGGAGGACUUCAACAGGAUCCUGAGGGAUGUGGAGGCAAACACAGUGCGUUUGAAGGAGCACGAGCAGGAUGUGCUGGUUCUGGAGAAGAGCACUGCCAACAGCCGCAACUCCAGCCAUGGGGCCACACCCUCCCACUUCAAGUACACUGUGAUGUCAGGAACACCAGAGAAGAUCCUAGAACACUUUCUGGAGACUAUGCGACUGGAUUCCCACUUCACAGAGUCAGACCCUGCUCUGGAUGACUUCAUUCUUAUGCACUGCAUCUUCAUACCCAAUAGUCAGUUGUGUCCAAUGCUCAUGGCCCACUACCAUGCUCAAGCAUCCCAAGGCUCAGAGCAGGAGAAGCUGGACUACGCCCUGAACAACAAGCGACGCGUCAUACGCCUGGUGCUGCAGUGGGCCUCCAUCUACGGAGAUCACCUCCAGGAGGAGGACAGUUCACUGGCCUUUCUCGAGGAGUUCUAUGUGUCUGUGUGCGAUGACUCCAGGGUGAUUUUGGCCCUGAAAGAGAUGCUGCCAGAAUUAGAGAAGAUUGUUAAACAGAGCUCUGAUGAUGCAAAAUCCUCACAAAAAAAGCACAAAGUACUACUGCGGCAGUUUAGUAUGGGCGAUGAGCGGCUUCAGAAACGACAGCCAAUCAAGAGCAAUGAUGAAAUACUGUUUAAGGUGUACUGCAUAGACCACACUUACACCACCAUCCGGGUACCAGUGGCAGCUUCAGUGAGAGAGGUAAUCAGCGCUGUGGCUGACAAACUGGGGUCAGUGGAGGACCUCCUUCUGGUCCACUUGAGUUCUGCUGGAGACAAGGUGGUGCUGAAGCCCAAUGACAUUUCAGUGUUCUCCACGCUUAGUAUCAAUGGACGCCUGUUUGCCUGCCCCAGGGACCAGAUGGAUUCACUGACACCACUGCCUGAGCAAGAGGGGCCAUCUCUGGGGACCAUGGGAACUUUUGAGCUUAUGAGUUCAAAAGACCUGGCCUAUCAGAUGACUGUUUACGACUGGGAACUCUUCAACUGCGUACAUGAGCAUGAGCUGAUAUACCACACGUUCGGGCGGCAGAACUUCAAGAAAACUACAGCCAACCUGGACUUGUUCCUUCGGAGGUUUAAUGAACUGCAGCUGUGGGUCGUCACAGAAGUGUGUCUGUGUGCCCAACUCAGCAAGCGUGUGCAACUGCUCAAGAAGUUCAUCAAGAUCGCAGCACACUGUAAGGAAAAUAAGAACCUGAACUCCUUCUUUGCCAUCAUCAUGGGCAUGGGUAACCCAGCUGUGAGCAGGCUGAGUCAGACUUGGGAGAAACUUCCUAGCAAGUUCAAGAAGUUCUAUGGGGAGUUUGAAAGUUUAAUGGAUCCAUCCAGGAACCACCGGGCAUACCGCUUCACAGUGGCCAAGCUGGACGCACCCAUCAUCCCCUUCAUGCCCCUACUCAUCAAAGACAUGACGUUCACUCAUGAAGGCAACAAAACAUUUACAGACAGUUUGGUCAAUUUUGAAAAAAUGAGGAUGAUUGCCAACACAGUGAGGAUAGUGAGAUACUGCCGAAGCCAGCCAUUCAGUCCAGAUACAUCCCAAGCCAAUAAGAAUCACCAAGACGUGCGGAGCUACGUGCGACAGCUGAAUGUGAUCGACAACCAGAGGACCCUUUCCCAGCUCUCCCAUAGACUGGAGCCCCGCCGGACCUGAGCCGCUGCCCAGUGAACCACACAAUACUACUCAUGCUGCUGCUCUACUGCCAAACAUAACCAUGCUUGAUGUGUAACUUGUGUCAUACUGUAUCAACCCCCAUUCAUGCACCCAGGCUGCCCUGCCCAUAGGAAAGCAGAUCUGAGAUCUCCUUCUAUAACUCCUUUACUCAAAGGAUAUAGUGUUUCUCAUGCCUGUUUUCAGUAGCAUUCCCCUUUGCCCUUUCUUUUUUGUUUUGUAUUUUUCUUUACAUUAUCUCUGCCAAUGUACCUCCAAUGUUCCACCAUCGCUACUCUUGUGGUUUUAAAUGCUGUUUAGUUCUGUCAGAACGUUCCUGCUUAGAUGUGCAAUUUACAGAAGUUUUGCAAGAAUAAAAGAUGAACGUUAUUUACCACCCCCACCUCCACUCCCUCCAAACUGGUUCAAACAUGUUUUAAAAGGUGUGUACAGAGCUGUACAGACUGAGAAGAGAAACGUGAAACAUGUUCUGAACUUUUUUUGGGAGCUACUGUCAUUCAUGAAGACACAGAUAGAUACUGCCACAGGGGAGAUUUUGUUUCAUUACAUUAUUUGCCAUUGGUAUUUAGUGAGAAUACUCCAGGAAAUAGUAAUAAACUGAAGAUGUUAAUAUUCUUUCUAUUCGCCUUUUAAAGGUUCAUCCAAUACUCAUUUAUUGACCCUUUGUUUUAUGAAUGGGCACCAUCCUUUUUUCAUCUUGGCAUUCAGCUCUGUCCACGUGGUUUUGUAAAUUAGUUUAUUCAUAUUUUGGUUUGUGUGGCUGUUGUCAUAUGGUGAAAAUGGCAUUUAUUUAUUUAUUUUGACCUCAGCAUGCACAGAUUAGAGAAAAACUUGAGAGCGGCUCCUUGUCAAUGAGUCUGUGAGGUGUAGUGUCUAUAGACUUUGUAUUUUAUGUUCAUUCUGUAAAUAUUAUGUAUUAAAUGUAUUUGCUGAA